GAGGAUUGCGCAGAGGGAGCUGGAGCCUUGCCUCGCAUCUCUCGGGCGGCUUGCAUGAUUUCUCCCCUCCUCUCUUCCACGAUACAGGCAAGAACCAAAUCGUGUGCAAGGUGAAGAUCCAGAGCGUCAGCGUCCGCACGACGCACAGCCCCGCAGCUCAGGGCGCCUUCCAGCCGCAGCAGGAGACCUCGCCGCCGCCUUCUCCUUCUUCCCCGCGGAAAUCGGCAACCUCUCCCACACCCGGAGUCCCCUCAACUAUGUCGCACAAGAAGCUGUUCGAGGACCUCUCGGGCAGAGGCAAAGCCAUCGGAGUCCUGACCAGCGGCGGCGAUGCUCAGGGUAUGAAUGCCGCAGUCCGUGCCGUGGUGCGCAUGGGGAUCUAUGUUGAAGCGAAAGUGUAUUUUAUCUACGAGGGAUACCAAGGUAUGGUUGAUGGGGGUGAAAAUAUUGCUGAAGUUACAUGGGAGAGUGUUUCAAGUAUCCUCCAAGUGGGGGGGACUGUUAUUGGCAGUGCUCGCUGUAAAGCUUUCCGGACUCGCGAAGGUCGCUUGAAAGCGGCCUGCAAUCUAGUGAAGCGUGGAAUCACAAACCUUUGUGUGAUUGGGGGAGAUGGCAGCUUAACCGGCGCUAAUAUCUUUCGGGAAGAGUGGAGUGGCCUGUUAGAGGAGUUGGCAAGAAAUGGUGAGAUUGACGAAGAUGCUAUGAAGAGCUAUGCUUCCCUCAACAUUGUGGGAAUGGUUGGUUCCAUUGACAAUGAUUUCUGUGGGACAGACAUGACCAUAGGCACAGAUUCUGCCCUGCAUAGAAUCAUUGAAGUGGUGGAUGCCAUCAUGACUACUGCUCAAAGCCAUCAGAGAACCUUCGUCCUGGAAGUGAUGGGAAGGCACUGUGGGUAUCUGGCACUUGUUAGCGCUUUAGCCUGUGGUGCAGACUAUGUAUUUAUCCCUGAAUAUCCACCUGAGGAAGGAUGGGAAGAUCACAUGUGUGCCAGGCUUUCUGAGAACCGUGCCCGAAAGAAAAGGUUGAACAUAAUAAUUGUGUCCGAAGGAGCAAUUGAUUCCUUCAACAAGCCUAUCACUUCUGAACAAGUUAAGGAUCUUGUGGUGAAGCGGUUGGGGUUUGACACACGGGUGACCAUUCUUGGGCAUGUGCAACGAGGAGGCACACCCUCUGCUUUUGAUCGGAUUUUGGCCAGCCGCAUGGGUGUGGAGGCUGUCCUUGCUCUUCUGGAAGCGACACCUGAAACACCUGGAUGUGUGGUGACCCUCUCUGGGAACCUGGCUGUCCGCCUGCCUUUAAUGGAGUGUGUUCAAAUGACUCAAGAUGUACAGAAAGCUAUGGAUGAAAGGAGAUUCCAAGAUGCAGUAGAACUCCGUGGAAGGAGUUUUACCAACAACUUGAAUACCUACAAACUCUUGUCUAACAAAAAACCAAAAGACGAACUGCCUAAGAGCAAUUUCACUGUCGCUGUGCUGAAUGUGGGGGCUCCAGCAGCUGGGAUGAAUGCUGCUGUCCGUUCCGCAGUGAGACUUGGGAUCACCGAAGGACACAAAAUGUUAGCUGUCACUGAUGGCUUUGAAGGCUUUUCUAGAGGGCAGAUUAAAGAAAUCAUGUGGGGAGACGUUGGAGGUUGGACUGGCCAAGGAGGGUCAAUUCUUGGCACCAAACGUACACUCCCUGGAAAGGUUCUGGAGAAAAUUGCAGAACAAGUGCGGGCCCAUAACAUCAACGCUCUCCUUGUCAUUGGUGGCUUUGAGGCAUACCUGGGACUAUUGGAAUUGUCUUCAGCCCGGGAGAAAUACGAAGCAUUCUGUAUUCCCAUGGUUAUGGUUCCUGCAACUGUAUCCAACAAUGUACCUGGUUCUGAUUUCAGCAUUGGCGCAGAUACAGCUCUGAAUACUAUCACUGAUACCUGUGACCGAAUCAAACUGUCGGCAAGUGGGACGAAACGACGUGUGUUCAUCAUCGAGACCAUGGGAGGCUACUGUGGCUACUUGGCUAACAUGGGAGCUUUGGCUGCAGGCGCAGAUGCUGCUUAUAUCUUUGAAGAAAAAUUCGACAUUCGGGAGCUACAGGCCAAUGUGGAACAUCUGACCGAAAAGAUGAAAACCAACAUUCAGCGAGGCUUGGUACUCAGGAAUGAAAAUAGUAGCGAGAACUACACAACUGACUUCAUUUAUCAGCUCUAUUCGGAAGAAGGCAAAGGGGUCUUUGAUUGUCGAAAGAAUGUGCUGGGUCAUAUGCAGCAGGGUGGCGCUCCUUCUCCCUUUGAUAGAAACUUUGGGACAAAAAUAUCAGCAAAAGCUAUGCUGUGGAUCUCGGACCAACUGAAAGCAAGCUACCGAAGAGAAGAAGGAAAGGUGUUUACCAAUAUUCCGGAAACUGUGUGCCUUCUAGGAAUGCGUAAGAGAAACCUGGACUUCCAGCCUGUGGUCACGCUACAAGAUGAAACUGACUUUGUGCACCGGAUUCCUAAGGAACAGUGGUGGCUAAAAAUGCGUGCCCUGAUGAAGAUCCUGGCCAAAUACAAGGCCAGCUACGAUAUUUCCGAUUCAGGCCAGCUAGAGCAUGUGGUGAGACCAAAUGCACCUGAAGCCUGAGCCUCCAAUGCCAGGAUGUCCCCUAAGUGGGACUCUUGUCUCCAUUGUGCAUCAACAGUGCUUUAGAGUAUGUGUUACAGCUUCUUUUUGUAACAUGUAAGUUAUUGUACCAGCACUUUAUGUGGGAAGCAAAAAUGUUCACAUUAUUAUCUGUUCCUGGUUAUUUUUAGGCUUCAUCUACAGAGUGGGACACUCCAACUCCCAACUUAACAAAAAAAAAAAAAAACCCCAGUUACCAAUGUGCUCCUUAUGAAUCUGUCCAAAACCUGUUCUAUGCACUCAGUGUGAUGCUGUUUGUCUUUUGCACUUUUACCAGAUAGUGUUUACACUCAGAAGCAUAGUUUUGUGUAAUAAAUACUGAGAGACAUAUAUGUGAUCCAGCCAGAAUAAAUACUGCAUUAUCUUAA